GAUCACAAGGUCAGGAGAUGGAGACCAUCCUGGCUAAUACGGGAUCAUUGCAAGAGGUCACUAGGUUGGGGGUUAACGGGAUGGAAAUACUAUGCCAAUGUGAUUGGUCCGACCCAGUGCGAAGGCCUGGCCAACCUGGGAGUCACACAGUUUGCCUGUGCAGAGAAGCGCUUCCUGAUUCUGUCACGCAAUGGCCGUGUGCACACACAGGCCUACAAUAGUGACACACUGGCCCCACAGCUGGUCCAAGGCCUUGCCUCCAGAAACAUUGUAAAAAUUGCUGCCCAUUCUGAUGGUCAUCACUGCGUAGCCUUGGCUGCCACUGGAGAGGUGUACUCCCAGGCUUUGGGGACAGAGGACGGCUGGGCCAUGGGAACACUGUGGCAAGUGUGGUCUUGGGGAGAUGGUGACUAUGGGAAAUUGGGCAGAGGUGGUAGUGAUGGCUGCAAAACCCCAAAGCUGAUUGAAAAGCUUCAAGACUUGGAUGUGGUCAGAGUCCACUGUGGAAGUCAGUUUUCCAUUGCUUUGACGAAAGAUGGCCAAGUUUUUUCAUGUGGAAAAGGUGACAACCAGAGACUUGGACACAGACCAGAGGGACAUGUUCGUUUUCCAAAACUCUUAGAAGGCUUGCGAGGGAAGAAGGUGAUUGAUGUGGCUGCCGGCUCCACCCACUGCCUGGCUCUGACUGAGGACAGCGAGGUCCACAGCUCUGGGAGCAACGACCAGUGCCAGCACUUUGACACCUUGUGCGUGACCAAGCCCGAACCUGCAGCAUUGCCGGGACUGGACACCAAACACAUAGUGGGAAUUGCCUGUGGGCCUGCCCAGGUUUGUGCUCAGACUAUAUUCUAAAUGGCGGCCGACUCCUCUCCAGGCCUUGCUGCCGGCUUUUAGAUUGUUUUUGCCUUCUUGUCAUCUGCUCGGUAGAUGGCAGCUUUCAGAUGCUCCUAAGGGGCCAGGAAAGAGAGUGAGAAGCCACAGAGGCUGCCAGGUCGUCCCCCUGAGGGCCCCACCCUCAGCAACUCCCUCAACUGGGUCUCCUGCAACUACUGGUGGCCAUCUCGACCACCACUUUGCCCUGAGCUUCCUGCUGCUGCAGCUGGGCAGCGCCUCCUUCUCAGAGGCCAGCUGCUGAUAGGUGGCCACGUACUGCUGCAGGUGACCCAGGUAAUGGUCUCACUGCUGCUGCAGACUCUGAGGCUAUUGGCUCUUCAACUCCACCUACAGGAUAGGCACCAGGCUCCUCAUCGAUUAUGCUAUGGCCAGAGACAGUAGAGAAAGGAAUGAACGAAGAACAGAAAGGAACGCUUUGGUGAUCAACCCUCUGCUUUCACCCCACAACCACAG